AUGCAGGCUGAACAGAUGGAGGUUGAUAUGGACUACGAAUUCACCUAUUCACCUGAAGACGCGCCAAACACCGAAGAGGAACUGUUUCAAAUCAAUGAACUCAUGACGUUCUUAUACCAGCGACUUCCUGGCUGCUUAGGAAACGAGAAAAUGGACGAAAUGGGUCUCAUUUCGGCUGCUAUUGAGUAUAUAAAUUCCCUCUAUGGAUGCUUAUCGAACUGA